AUGGAUGGUCGGAUGAAACACUGCGCCGGCAUCGUCGAGACGAGGCUCUGCCUGGUACGCCGUUGGAUAACUGCUGCUGGGACGGGUCUCCGCAUCGCCUUCGCUGAGACGCGCCCACCCGAGGCUCUGCCUGGUACGCCGUUGGAUAACUGCUGCUGGGACGGGUCUCCGCAUCGCCUUCGCUGAGACGCGCCCACCCUCGCCGACGGAGACCGCGGACUCACGGCAUAUGCGGUCGUUCUCCACUACGAACAUAAAAGUCGUGGCCCCAUAGUGGGAUCGUUCGCGCCAACCAGGCACAUGGGCAGCCCGAUUCAGGGGCGGCACUGCCUGCCCCCAUGAGCGGAAGGGCCUAGAAAAGGUGGCCUAAACAUUGCUGGGUACCACGCCGUCUCCAGACUAGCCAGCGCCGCAGACGUCUAAUCAUGGUCGAAACAAUCAAAAUCGAAACAACAACAAUACCAAUAACAAGAACAACCAUACUCAUUCUCCUCAUCCUACCUCUUCUACCUCUUCCUCUGCCUAUUCUUCUGCCUAUUCUUCUCCUUCGUCACCUUCUUCUCCAUCUCCCUCCUGUCGCCCCACUCGUCGUCACCAGACUGGCAGGGUGAGUCCGCUCACUCUGGCAGCCUGGAAUGUUCGUUCCCUUUUAGACAAUCCGAGGAGCAACCGACCGGAAAGGAGGACAGCGUUAGUGGCACGAGAACUGGCGCGCUACAAGGUGGGCAUCGCCGCACUCAGCGAGACCCGUUUCUCCGAACAAGGCCAACUGGAAGAGGUGGGAGCCGGUUACACCUUCUUCUGGAGUGGUCGACCCAAGGCAGAGCGACGAGACGCGGGUGUCGCCUUCGCUAUUCGGAAUGACAUCGUGGGACGACUGUCCUGUAUGCCGCAGGGCAUCAACGAUCGCCUGAUGAGCCUCCGUCUGCCUCUCCGGCGGGGAGGCCAAUUCGCCACCAUCAUCAGCGCCUACGCUCCGACCAUGACCAACCCCGACGUCGUCAGAGACAAAUUCUACGAGGACCUGCACGCCCUCUUGGCGACUGUUCCGAAGGCGGACAAGUUGGUCGUCCUUGGCGACUUCAACGCCCGCGUCGGUACAGACCAUACUGCCUGGAGAGGAGUGCUGGGUCCCCACGGUCUCCGCGGCUCAAACGACAAUGGUCUGUUGCUGCUCCGCACCUGCGCAGAACACCGCCUUAUCCUGAUAAACACGUUCUUCUGUCUGCCGGAGCGAGAGAAGGCCACUUGGAGGCAUCCUCGGUCGCGUCAGUGGCACCUGCUGGACUAUGUCCUCGUCCGAAGGCGUGACCAGCGGGACGUGCUGGUGACGAAGGCGAUCGCGGGUGCUGACGGGUGGACCGACCAUCGCCUCGUCAUCACGAAGAUGCGUAUUCACCUACAGCCUCGCAGGAGACCUCAAGGUAAGCGACCCCCAGGUAAGCUGAAUAUUGCCUUGUUGUCCUUGCCCGCUCACCAUCUCCAUUUCAGCAAUGAGCUAGCUCAACGGCUAGACAACCUCCCCAUCGCCGAUACCGCCGCUGCCGAAAACGCCUCCGUGGAGAACCGCUGGUGUCAACUGCGAGACACGGUCCAGUCGACGGCGCUCACCGUCCUCGGUCGCGCUCCCGGCCAACACCAGGACUGGUUCGACGACAACGACGCUGUCAUCAGAAAUCUGCUUGCUGAGAAGAACCGCCUACACAAAGCCUACGUCGAUCACCCCACUGACGACAACAAAGCUGCUUUCUACCGCAGUCACCGCCACCUCCAGCAGCGACUGCGCGAGAUGCAGGACGCCUGGACUGCUCGCAAAGCUGAGGAGAUCCAAGGCUAA